CGAUGCGUGUGAGUGCGCGCGCUGCCCGCUCCAUGGUGCCACCUCGCCCGGGCCCCGCUCCUGCCGCUGUCGCCGCCGCGCCCGGGGCUGCGGGACAUGCGAGAGGCUGAGGCAGGAGGCGGAACCCGAGCAGUGGCGGCGGCGGCGGCGGCGGGCACGGCGGCGGGAGGAGCCCCCCAGCAGCGGGAGGACCGGCCUCCAUGCGUCUCUCCCGGUGACUAGGAUGUCGUCGGAGGAGGACCGCAGCGCGGAGCAGCCGCGGCCGCCGCCACCCGUCCCAGAGGAGCCCGGCGCCGCGGCCCCGAGCCCCGCAGCCGCAGACAAAAGACCUCGGGGCCGGCCUCGCAAAGAUGGCGCUUCCCCUUUCCAGAGAGCCAGAAAGAAGCCUCGAAGCAGAGGAAAAACUACAGUGGAAGAUGAGGAUAGCAUGGAUGGGUUGGAGACAACAGAAACAGAAAAUAUUGUGGAAACAGCAGAAAUCAAAGAACAUUCUGCAGAAGAAGAUGGCGAAGCAGAAGUGGAUAGCAGCAAGCAGCCAGUCCCUGCUCUUCAGCAGCUGCUGUCUGAGGAAUCUACAAACUCCCUGGUCUCUGUUGGUGUAGAAGCCAAAAUCAGUGAACAGCUCUGCGCUUUUUGUUACUGUGGGGAAAAAAGUUCCUUAGGACAGGGCGACUUAAAACAAUUCAGAGUAACGCCUGGAUUUUUCUUGCCGUGGCAAAGCCAGCCUUCUAACAAGAACAUUGAUGACAGCAGCAGUGGAACCUAUGAGAGAAUACAAAACUCAACUCCACGAAGACAAAGAGGACAGAGAAAAGAGCGAUCUCCUCAGCAGAAUAUGGUGUCUUUUGUAAGUGUAAGCACCCAGACAGUUGCAGAUGAUCAGGCUGGUAAAUUGUGGGAUGAGCUCAGUCUGGUUGGCCUUCCAGAUGCCAUUGAUGUCCAAGCCUUAUUUGAUUCUACAGGCACUUGUUGGGCUCAUCACCGUUGUGUGGAGUGGUCGCUGGGUGUGUGCCAGGUAGAAGAACCAUUCCUAGUGAAUGUGGACAAAGCUGUUGUCUCAGGGAGCACAGAACGAUGUGCAUUUUGUAAGCACCUUGGAGCCACUAUCAAAUGCUGUGAAGAGAAAUGUACGCAGAUGUACCAUUAUCCUUGUGCUGCAGGAGCUGGUACCUUUCAGGACUUCAGUCACUUCUUCCUUCUUUGUCCAGAACACAUUGACCAAGCUCCUGAAAGAUCAAAGGAAGAUGCAAACUGUGCAGUGUGCGACAGCCCAGGAGACCUUUUAGAUCAGUUCUUUUGUACUACUUGUGGUCAGCACUACCAUGGAAUGUGCCUGGAUAUAGUGGUCACUCCAUUAAAACGUGCAGGUUGGCAAUGUCCUGAGUGCAAAGUGUGCCAGAAUUGCAAACAAUCAGGAGAAGAUAGCAAGAUGCUAGUGUGUGAUACGUGUGACAAAGGGUAUCAUACUUUUUGUCUUCAACCAGUUAUGAAAUCAGUACCAACCAAUGGCUGGAAAUGCAAAAAUUGCAGAAUAUGUGUAGAGUGUGGCACACGAUCUAGUUCUCAGUGGCAUCACAAUUGCCUGAUAUGUGAUACUUGUUACCAACAGCAGGAUAACUUAUGUCCUUUCUGUGGAAAGUGCUAUCAUCCAGAAUUGCAGAAAGACAUGCUCCAUUGUAAUAUGUGCAAGAGAUGGGUUCACUUAGAAUGUGACAAACCAACAGAUCAUGAACUGGAUUCUCAGCUCAAGGAAGAGUAUAUCUGCAUGUAUUGUAAACUCUUAGGAACUGAGAUGGAUCAGUUACAGCCAGGUGAUGAAGUGGAGAUGGCAGAACUCAGUACAGAUUAUAACAAUGAAAUGGAAGUUGAAGGAACUGAAGAGCAAAUGGUGUUUUUGGAGCGAGCAGUUAACAAAGAUGUUAGUGAUCAGGAGUCCGCACCUGGAAUUGUUCCAGAUGUUCAAGUCAUCCGCACUGAAGAGCAGCCGAAGAGUAAUGCAUCAGAAAGUCUUGACACAGAUGGCCUUCUCAUUUCUGAAAUUACCUCAGACUCUGGGGAUUCUAUUAAAGCCAUGUUUUUAGAAGGAACAUCCCCAAAUAAAAUGAAUUCUGAAUUGGAAAAUGAGAUUUCUUGUGACAUUGCUAGUGAAAAAAUGGAAAUGCCUUCUAAAGUGUCACAUCUUCAUGAUGAAGAUGAAAAGGAAGACAAAAUGGAAGUGACAGAAGAUAUUGAAGUCCUUACGCACCAGAUUGUUGUGCAGCAGGAAGAACUACAAUUGUUACAUGAACCUGAAGGGGUGGUAUGCAAAGAAGAACCACGGCCUUCGGCGUCAACCAUUGAAUCUGUCACUGUUCCACCAGCGGCCUUAGUAUCCCCAAGUGAGGAAAGUACUUCAUGUUCUAAGGAACAGUUGAUUGCAGAAAGAGUACAAGAAGAGAUAGAACAGAAAGAAAAUUCUGAAUUUUCUGCUGGGUUCAUGGAUCUUGAAAUGACUUCUGCAGUUGAGAGUUGUGUGAAAGAUGGUUUAUGCCCAGGAGAUAAAUCUGUAAAAUUACCAUCUGAGGCAGAGUCACCGUUUUCACCAUCAGCAGACAUAGGCAAGGCAAAUACGUCUUCCUCUCCAACACUUUCUUCAGAUUUGCCUUCACAUGACAUGCUGCAUAGUUACUCUUCAACUCUCAGUUCUUCUGCUGGCAACAUCAUGCCAACCACUUACAUCUCAGUCACUCCAAAAAUUGGCAUGGGUAAACCAGCUAUUACCAAAAGAAAAUUUUCUCCUGGUAGACCACGAUCCAAACAGGGGGCUUGGAGUACUCAUAAUACAGUGAGCCCACCUUCCUGGUCCCCAGACAUUUCAGAAGGUCGGGAAAUUUUUAAACCCAGGCAGCUUCCUGGCAGUGCCAUUUGGAGCAUCAAAGUGGGCCGUGGCUCUGGAUUUCCAGGAAAGCGGAGACCUCGAGGUGCAGGGCUGUCAGGACGAGGUGGCAGAGGCAGAUCCAAACUAAAAAGUGGAAUUGGAGCUGUUGUGUUAUCUGGGGUGUCUGCAGCAGAUAUUUCUUCAAAUAAGGAUGAGGAAGAAAACUCUAUGCACAAUACAGUUGUGUUGUUUUCUAGUAGUGACAGGUUCACUUUGCACCAGGAUAUGUGUGUGGUAUGUGGCAGUUUUGGCCAAGGAGCAGAAGGAAGAUUACUUGCCUGUUCCCAGUGUGGUCAGUGUUACCAUCCGUACUGUGUCAGUAUUAAGAUCACUAAAGUGGUUCUUAGCAAAGGCUGGAGGUGUCUGGAGUGCACAGUAUGUGAAGCCUGUGGGAAGGCGACUGACCCCGGGAGACUCCUGCUGUGUGAUGACUGUGACAUAAGUUAUCACACCUACUGCCUAGACCCUCCACUGCAAACUGUUCCUAAAGGAGGCUGGAAAUGCAAAUGGUGUGUUUGGUGUAGACACUGUGGAGCAACAUCUGCAGGUCUGAGGUGUGAAUGGCAAAACAACUACACACAGUGUGCUCCUUGCGCCAGCCUGUCUGCCUGCCCGAUCUGCUAUCGAAACUACAGAGAAGAUGAUCUGAUUCUGCAGUGUAGACAAUGUGAUAGAUGGAUGCAUGCAGUUUGUCAAAACUUAAAUACAGAGGAGGAAGUGGAAAAUGUAGCAGACAUGGGUUUUGAUUGUAGCAUGUGCAGACCCUAUAUGCCUGCAUCACAUGUGCCUUCCUCAGACUGCUGUGAAUCUUCACUUGUAGCACAAAUCGUCACAAAAGUAAAAGAGCUAGAUCCACCUAAGACCUACACCCAGGAUGGUGUUUGUCUGACCGAAUCAGGGAUGACUCAGUUACAGAGCCUCACAGUUACUGUUCCAAGAAGAAAACGGUCAAAACCAAAAUUGAAAUUGAAGAUAAUAAAUCAGAAUAGUGUGGCUGUCCUUCAAACCCCUCCAGACAUCCAGUCAGAGCAUUCAAGGGAUGGUGAGAUGGAUGAUAGUCGAGAAGCAGAACUUAUGGAUUGUGAUGGAAAAUCAGAAUCUAGUCCUGAGCGUGAACCUGUGGAUGAUGAAACUAAGGGAGUAGAGGGAACAGAUGGUGUCAAAAAGAGAAAAAGGAAGCCAUACAGACCAGGUAUUGGUGGAUUUAUGGUACGGCAAAGAAGUCGAACGGGGCAAGGAAAAACCAAAAGAUCUGUGAUCAGAAAAGAUUCCUCAGGCUCUAUUUCUGAGCAGUUACCUAGCAGAGAUGAUGGCUGGAGUGAGCAGUUACCAGAUACUCUGGUUGAUGAAUCUGUUUCUGUUGCUGAGAGCACUGAAAAAAUAAAGAAAAGAUACCGAAAAAGGAAAAAUAAGCUUGAAGAAACAUUCCCUGCUUAUUUACAAGAAGCUUUCUUUGGAAAAGAUCUUCUAGAUACAAGUAGACAAAACAAGCUGAAUUUAGAUAAUCUAUCAGAGGAUGCAGCUCAGCUUUCAUAUAAAACAAACAUGAACACAGGUUUCUUGGAUCCUUCCUUAGAUCCACUACUUAGUUCUUCAACUCCAGCAAAACCUGGAACUCAGGGUACUCCUGAUGACCCAUUAGCUGAUAUUUCUGAAGUCUUGAACACAGAUGAUGACAUUCUUGGAAUAAUCUCCGAUGACCUAGCAAAAUCAGUGGAUCAUGCAGACAUGGGUCCCAUUGCUGAUGAUCCUUCCUCUUUGCCUCAGCCAAGUGUCAGUCAGAGUUCACGACCAUUGACUGAAGAGCAGCUCGAUGGGAUCCUCAGUCCUGAACUAGACAAAAUGGUCACAGAUGGUAAAAUAUUUGCCCUACAUCUAGGCUUUCUAAAAGACAUGAGAGCGAUUCUCGGCAAGUUAUAUAAAAUUCCAGAGCUUGGAGGAAAGGAUGUUGAAGACUUAUUUACUGCUGUCCUUAGUCCUGUGAACACCCAGCCAGCUCCAUUACCACAGCCACCCCCUCCAUCUCAGCUGUUGCCAAUACACAGUCAGGAUGUUUUUUCACGAAUGCCACUCAUGAAUGGCCUUAUUGGACCCAGUCCUCAUCUCCCACAUAAUUCUUUGCCUCCUGGAAGUGGAUUGGGAACAUUUUCAGCUAUAGCACAAUCCCAUUAUACUGAUGCCAGGGAUAAAAAUCCAGCAUUCCAUCCAGUAGCAAGUGAUCCUAACAGCUCAUGGACACCAUCAGCUCCCACUGUGGAAGGAGAAAAUGAUACAAUGUCAAAUGCCCAGCGUAGCACACUGAAAUGGGAGAAAGAGGAGGCUCUGGGUGAAAUGGCAACCGUGGCACCAGUUCUUUACACAAACAUUAAUUUUCCCAACUUAAAGGAUGAAUUCCCUGAUUGGACUACUCGAGUGAAACAAAUUGCUAAGCUGUGGAGAAAAGCAAGCUCUCAGGAAAGAGCACCAUAUGUGCAAAAAGCCAGAGAUAACAGAGCUGCUUUACGCAUUAAUAAAGUCCAGAUGUCAAAUGAUUCCAUGAAAAGGCAGCAACAGCAAGACAGCAUUGAUCCCAGCUCUCGUAUGGAUUCAGAUCUUUUUAAAGAUCCAUUAAAGCAAAGAGAAUCGGAACAUGAACAAGAAUGGAAAUUUAGACAACAAAUGCGUCAGAAAAGCAAGCAGCAAGCUAAGAUAGAAGCUACACAGAAGCUAGAACAGGUGAAAAAUGAGCAGCAGCAACAGCAGCAACAGCAGCAGCAGCAGCAGCAGCAGCAGCAGCAGCUUGGUUCUCAGCACCUUCUUGUGCCGUCUGGUUCAGAUACUCCAAAUAGUGGGGUACAAAGUCCCUUGACACCUCAGCCUGGCAAUGGAAAUAUGUCUCCUGCUCAGACAUUCCAUAAAGACUUGUUCUCUAAACAGCUACCCAGUACCCCUGCUUCCACACCUUCAGAUGAUGUGUUUGUCAAGCCACAGGCUCCACCCCCUCCUCCUACCCCAUCCCGAGUUCCCAUUCAGGAUGGCCUUUCUCAGUCUCAAAUGUCUCAACCACAUUCUCCACAAAUGUUUUCACCUGGAUCUUCUAACUCCCGACCUCCAUCUCCAGUCGAUCCUUAUGCAAAAAUGGUUGGUACCCCUAGACCCCCUCCUGGGGGCCAUAAUUUUUCCAGAAGAAAUUCUGUUGCUCCAGUGGAAAACUGUGUGCCUUUAUCGUCAGUACCGAGGCCCAUUCAGAUGAGUGAGACAGCACCCAACAGGCCAUCUCCAGGCAGAGACUUAUGUUCUUCCUCCACAACAAACAGUGACCCCUAUGCAAAGCCUCCAGACACACCUAGGCCUGUGAUGACGGAUCAAUUUCCCAAACCUCUGGGCCUGCCCCGCUCUCCUGUGGUUUCAGAACAAACUGCAAAAGGUCCUCUAGCAGCUGAAACCAUUGAUCACUUUACUAAACCAUCUCCUAGGGGAGACACUUUGCAAAGACAGCGGAUACCUGACACGUAUGCACGACCCUCUUUGACUCCUGCCCCUGCCGAUAGUGGCCCUGGACCUUUUAAGACCCCAUUGCAUCCUCCACCAUCCUCUCAGGAUCCUUAUGGAUCGAUGUCACAGGCAUCAAGGCGAUUAUCUGCUGACCCUUAUGAAAGACCUCCCUUGACACCAAGACCUGUGGAUAAUUUUUCUCAUAGUCAGUCAAAUGAUCCAUAUAGUCAGCCUCCCCUCACCCCACAUCCAGCACCGAACGAAUCUUUUGCCCUUUCUUCAAGGGCUUUUUCUCAACCUAGCACUAUGUCAAGAUCAGCAUCUCAGGACCCGUAUUCCCAGCCUCCAGGAACACCACGACCUAUGGUAGAUUCUUAUUCCCAGCCUUCAGGAACAACUCGAUCCAAUCCGGACCCCUAUUCCCAGCCUCCUGGAACUCCCCGGCCUACCACUAUCGAUCCAUAUAGUCAGCAGCCGCCAACCCUCAGGCCUUCUACACAGACAGACAUGUUUGCUACAUCUGCAGCUAAUCAGAGGCACACUGAUCCAUAUGUUCAUCCUCCUGGGACACCAAGACCUGGAAUUUCUAUUCCCUAUUCUCAACCACCAGCAGUACCAAGGCCAAGAACCUCAGAGGGUUUUACUAGGUUGUCAGGUGCAAGACCAGCCCUCAUGCCGAACCAGGACCAUUUCCUCCAAGCAGCACAGCACCGAGCACCUGCUUUACCUGGCUCUUUGGUGAGGCCACCUGACAUGUGCUCCCAGGUUCCUAGGCCACCUGGGCCUGGCCUUUCAGACACAUUCAGCCGAGUUUCCCCAUCCACUGCUCAUGAUCCCUAUGAUCAGCCUCCAAUGACUCCAAGAUCUCAGUCUGACUCUUUCGGAACAAGUCAGGUUACUCGUGAUGUUCCUGAGCAGCCAGGGCCUGCUCCAGAGGGUGGCUUUAACACCUCUGCAAACUCUCCCAUGAGUUCUCAGGGCCCACAAUUCUCCAGCGUGCCCCAGGUUUCUGGGCCUGUGCCGACUUCAGGAGGAACUGACACCCAGAACACUGUGAAUAUGUCUCAAGCAGAUACAGAGAAACUGAGACAGCGACAGAAGCUACGAGAAAUCAUUCUCCAGCAGCAGCAGCAGAAGAAGAUUGCUAGUCGGCAGGAGAAGGGACCUCAGGACGCACCAGCAGUGCCUCACCCAGUGCCCCUUCCACAUUGGCAGGGUGAGAGCAUUGGCCAGGCCUUCACUCGACCUCCACCUCCUUAUCCUGGGAACAUUCGAUCACCCAUGGUCCCUUCUCUUGGACCUAGAUAUGCUGUUUUCCCCAAAGAUCAGCGUGGUCCCUACCCUCCUGAUGUCGCUGGUAUGGGGAUGAGACCUCAUGGAUUUAGAUUUGGAUUUCCAGGAGGUAGUCAUGGUACUAUGUCAGGUCAGGACCGCUUCCUUGUGCCUCCUCAGCAAAUACAAGGAUCUGGAAUUCCUCCACACCUGAGAAGAUCAAUAUCUGUAGAAAUGCCUAGACCUUUAAGUAACUCACAGAUGAGUAAUCCAGUUGGACUUCCUCAGCACUUUCCACCGCAGAGCCUGCCAGUUCAGCAGCAUAACAUACUGGGCCAAGCAUUUAUUGAACUGAGGCACAGGGCCCCCGAUGGAAGGCCACGGUUGCCUUUCCCUGCUACUCCUGGCAAUGUUAUAGAGGCACCUUCUAAUCCAAGACAUGGUAACUUCAUUCCCCGGCCAGACUUUCCAGGCCCGAGGCACACAGACCCCAUGAGACGGCCUCCCCAGGGUCUACCUACUCAGCUCCCUAUGCAUCCAAAUUUGGAACAAGUACCACCGUCUCAGCAAGAGCAAGGGCAUCCUCUCCAUCCAUCUUCUAUGGUCAUGAGGCAUAUGAGUCAUCCCUUAGGUGGUGGAUUUUCUGAGGCGCCUUUGUCAACAUCUGUACCAGCUGAAACAGCAGCUGAUAAUUUACAGAUAACCAGCCAGUCUUCUGAUGGCCUGGAAGAAAAACUUGAUUCUGAUGACCCUUCUGUGAAAGAACUGGAUGUUAAAGACCUUGAGGGGGUUGAAGUAAAAGACUUAGAUGAUGAAGAUCUUGAAAAUUUAAAUUUAGAUACAGAGGAUGGCAAGGGAGAUGAAUUGGAUACUUUAGAUAAUUUGGAAACUAACGACCCUAACCUGGAUGAUCUCUUAAGGUCAGGAGAGUUUGAUAUCAUUGCAUACACAGAUCCAGAACUUGACCUGGGAGAUAAGAAAAGCAUGUUUAAUGAGGAGCUAGACCUUAAUGUUCCAAUUGAUGAUAAGUUAGAUAAUCAGUGUGUAUCUGUUGAACCCCCCAAAAAGGAGCAAGAAGACAAAAUUGUGGUUCUCUCUGAGAACCAUUUGCCACAGAAAAUAUCCACUGUUCCCAAUGAGAUAAAAACAGAAGUCCUGUCUCCAAAUUCUAAAGAGGAAGCCAAAUCUGAAACUGAGAAAAGCGAUGAGAGUAUAGAUGAUGUUGACCCUCCCUGCUCUCAGGCUUCUGCUCACAGAGAUCUAAGUGAUGGGCAAAAGGGUUCCUUGCCACCAUCUGAUCCAGACCUACUUGAGAAAAGAGCUAAUCGAGAAACUGCCGGCUCUAGUGCAAAUGUCAUUCAAGGAUCCACUCCACUGCCUGCUCAAGAUAUAGUGAACUCUUGUGACAUAACUGGAUCAACUCCAGUCCUCUCAAGUUUACUUGCCAAUGAAAAAUCUGAAAGUUCAGACAUUAGGCCCUUGGGAUCUCCCCCACUGACUCUGCCAGCCUCACCAUCUAGCCAUGUGUCAAGUUUGCCUUCUACUUUAAUGGCACCACCUGGCCCUGUUUUGGAUAAUGCCAUGAAUUCUAAUGUCACAGUGGUCCCUAGGGUAAAUCAUACUUUUUCUCAGGGUAUACAGGUAAAUCCAGGAGUCAUUCAGGGACAGUCAACAGUUAACCACAAUUUGGGGACAGGAACGCCUACAACUCAAAGUGUGCCUCUCUCAAGUCAGUCUGGUACCAGUGGCAUAUCUGGACCCCAACAACUGAUGAUCCCUCAAACAGUAGCCCAGCAGAAUAGAGAGAGGCCCCUCCUUCUAGAAGAGCAGCCACUGCUGCUACAAGAUCUUCUGGAUCAAGAAAGGCAAGAACAGCAGCAGCAGAGACAGAUGCAAGCCAUGAUUCGUCAGCGAUCAGAACCAUUCUUCCCCAAUAUUGAUUUUGAUGCAAUUACAGAUCCUAUAAUGAAAGCCAAAAUGGUGGCCCUUAAAGGCAUAAAUAAAGUGAUGGCACAGAACAAUCUGGGCAUGCCACCAAUGGUGAUGAGCAGAUUCCCCUUCAUGGGCCCGAUGGCACCUGGAGCUCAGAACAGUGAAGGCCAGACGCUGGUGCCGCAGGCUAUUGCUCAGGAUGGCAGUAUAACACAUCAGAUUUCUAGGCCUAAUCCUCCAAAUUUUGGUCCAGGCUUUGUCAAUGAUUCACAGCGCAAGCAGUAUGAAGAAUGGCUUCAAGAGACCCAGCAGCUUCUUCAGAUGCAGCAGAAGUAUCUUGAAGAACAAAUUGGUGCACACAGAAAAUCUAAGAAGGCUCUUUCAGCUAAACAACGCACUGCCAAGAAGGCAGGGCGAGAAUUCCCAGAAGAGGAUGCAGAACAACUCAAGCACGUGACUGAGCAGCAGAGCAUGGUUCAGAAACAGCUAGAACAGAUUCGUAAACAACAGAAAGAGCAUGCUGAGUUGAUUGAGGAUUAUCGCAUCAAGCAGCAACAGCAGCAGCAGCAGCCGCCGCCGCAACGUGCAGUGGCCCCACCUCUUCUAAUGCCUGGCGUCCAGCCCCAGCCACCCCUUGUUCCAGGUGCCACUCCACCCUCCAUGGGCCAGCCCAGCUUCCCAAUGGUGGCACAGCAGUUGCAGCACCAGCAGCACACAGCAGUCAUCUCUGGCCACACCAGCCCUGCUAGAAUGCCUAGUUUACCUGGAUGGCAGCCUGCCAGUGCCACUGUUCACCUCCCCCUCAACCCUCCCAGGAUUCAACCCCCGAUUGCCCAGUUACCCAUAAAAGCUUGCACACCAGCCCCAGGGACAGUGUCAAAUGCAAACCCACAGAGCGGUCCACCACCACGAGUAGAAUUUGAUGACAACAACCCCUUUAGUGAAAGCUUUCAGGAACGAGAACGCAAAGAACGUUUACGAGAACAGCAGGAAAGACAACGCAUCCAGCUGAUGCAAGAAGUAGACAGACAGCGAGCUCUGCAGCAGAGGAUGGAAAUGGAGCAGCAUGGCCUGAUGGGCUCUGAGCUGGGCAGCAGGACUGCUGUGUCCCAGAUUCCAUUCUACGGGUCUGAUCGGCCUUGUGAUUUCAUGCAGCCUCCGAGACCCCUUCAGCAGUCUCCACAGCACCACCAGCAGAUGGGCCAGGUUUUACAGCAGCAAAAUGUACAACAAGGAUCGGUCAAUUCAUCCCCCACUCAAACUUUCAUGCAAACCAAUGACCGAAGGCAGGGGGGACAUCCCUCCUUUGUUCCUGAUUCACCGUCGGUCCCUGGUGGAAGCCCAAACUUCCACUCUGCUAAGCAGGGACAUGGAAGUCUUUCUGGAACAAGUUUCCAGCAGUCCCCUUUGAGACCUCCGUUUGCACCUGCUUUACCAGCAACACCCCAGGUAGCUAAUAGUCUCCCAUGUGACCAAGACCCUGCUGUUGCCCAUGGACAAAGCUAUCCAGGAUCAGCCCAGUCUCUCAUUCAGUUGUAUUCUGACAUUAUCCCAGAAGAAAAAGGGAAAAAGAAAAGAACAAGAAAAAAGAAAAAAGAGGAUGAUGCAGAAUCCACCAAAGCACCGUCAACUCCCCAUUCAGAUAUAACUGCUCCCCCAACUCCAAGCAUCUCAGAAACUACCUCCACUCCUACCAUGAAUAUGCCCAGUGACCCUCCUCCGCAGGGUGAAUCAGAGCCUGCAGAGCCAGCUGGCCAUCCAUGUACAGAGUUAGAGAACACACUACCCAGUGGUGAUUUCUCCCAGGGAACUCCAAGCCAACAUACUUGUGCAAAUUCAGAAGUGGAAAACCUCCCCAUGGGAACUCCUGCCAGAAGUGAAGAGAUAAAACUGGAAAAGGCUGAGACAGAGCCAGGGCUGGGUCAGGAGGAGACUAAAUCAGAAGAGCAGACUGGUAGUAAGGUGGAAGAUAAGUCUGGGGCCAGUCCUGUCUCCUCAGUCCAGAGUCCACCUCAUUCUGCUGGGGCCCCUGUCAGCAAAGCAGAUUCAGGGAAUGAGCUUUUGAAACACUUGUUGAAAAAUAAAAAGUCGUCUUCCCUUUUAAAUCAAAGACCUGAGGGCUGUUUCUGUUCAGAAGACAACUGCACAAAGGAUAAUAAAAUGGUGGAGAAGCAGAAUCCAGCGGAAGGAUUGCAAACUAUGGGGGUUCAAAUGCAAGGUGGUUUUGGAUGUGGCAACAAUCAGUCAAAAAUGGAUGGAGGAAAUGAAACCAAGAAACAGCGAAACAAACGAACUCAGAGGACUGGGGAGAAAGCAGCACCUCGCUCAAAGAAAAGGAAAAAGGAUGAAGAGGAGAAACAAGCCAUGUAUUCCAACUCUGACUCCUUCACUCACCUGAAACAGCAGCUCUCUCUGCUCCCUCUAAUGGAACCAAUCAUUGGAGUGAACUUUGCGCACUUUCUUCCUUAUGGCAGUGGCCAAUUUAAUAGUGGGAAUCGACUUCUAGGAACUUUUGGCAGUGCGACCCUUGAAGGGGUUUCGGACUACUAUUCUCAGUUGAUCUACAAGCAGAAUAAUUUAAGUAAUCCUCCAACACCCCCUGCCUCUCUUCCUCCUACACCACCUCCUAUGGCUUGUCAGAAGAUGGCAAAUGGUUUUGCGACAACUGAAGAACUUGCUGGAAAAGCUGGAGUGUUGGUGAGCCAUGAAGUUACCAAGACUCUAGGAUCAAAGCCAUUUCCACUGCCAUUCAGGCCACAGGACGACUUGCUGGCCCGAGCUAUUGCUCAGGGCCCAAAGACAGUGGAUGUUCCAGCUUCGCUUCCAACACCACCUCAUAAUAACCAGGAAGAAUUAAGGAUACAGGAUCACUGUGGUGACCGGGACACCCCUGACAGCUUUGUCCCCUCAUCCUCUCCUGAGAGUGUGGUUGGGGUGGAAGUGAGCAGGUAUCCGGAUCUGUCAGUAGUCAAAGAGGAGCCUCCAGAGCCAGUGCCAUCGCCCAUCAUUCCAAUUCUUCCUAGCACCACUGGGAAGAGUUCAGAAUCAAGAAGGAAUGACAUCAAAACUGAGCCAGGCACUUUAUUUUUUUCAUCACCUUUUGGUUCAUCCUCAAAUGGUCCCAGAUCGGGUCUAAUAUCUGUAGCAAUUACCCUGCAUCCUACCGCUGCUGAGAACAUCAGCAGUGUUGUGGCUGCAUUUUCCGACCUUCUUCACGUCCGAAUUCCUAACAGCUAUGAGGUCAGUAAUGCUCCAGAUGUUCCACCUAUGAAUUUGGUCAACAGCCAUAGAGCAAACCCAGGUUUGGAGUACCGACCGCAUUUACAUCUCCGUGGGCCUCCACCAGGAUCUGCAAACCCUCCCAGGCUAGCAAGCUCUUACCGGCUGAAGCACCCUAAUGUUCCAUUUCCUCCAGCAAGCAGUGGUCUCUCUGGAUACAAGGAUUCCAGUCACGGUGCUGCAGGAAAUGCAGCGCUCCGACCACAGUGGUGUUGUCACUGCAAAGUGGUUAUUUUUGGAAGUGGUGUUCGGAAGUCUUUGAAAGAUCUGGCUUUUAUGAACAAGGAUUCCCAAGAAAGCACCAAGAGAAUGAAGCAGGACAUUGUCUUUUGCAGUAAUAACUGCUUUAUUCUUUAUUCAACUGCGCAAGCAAAAAACCCAGAAAGCAAGGAAUCUGUUCCUUCAUUGCCGCAGUCACCUCCUAGAGAGAUGCCUUCCAGAGUAUUUCACCAGUAUAGCAACAACAUCUCCACCCUGGAUGUGCAUUGCCUCCCACAGCUCCAGGAGAAGGCCUCCCCACCUCCAUCACCUCCCAUUGCAUUUCCUCCUGCCUUUGAGGCAGCCCAAGUCGAGGCCAAGCCUGAUGAGCUCAAGGUGACCGUCAAGCUAAAGCCUCGGCUCAGGACUGUCCAUGGCGGCUUUGACGAUUGUAGGCCACUGAACAAAAAGUGGAGAGGAAUGAAAUGGAAAAAGUGGAGCAUUCAUAUUGUAAUCCCCAAGGGGACGUUUAAGCCGCCCUGUGAGGAUGAAAUUGAUGAGUUUCUUAAGAAAUUGGGCACUUCUCUUAAACCUGACCCUGUGCCCAAAGACUAUCGCAAGUGUUGCUUUUGUCACGAAGAAGGAGAUGGGCUGACAGAUGGACCAGCAAGGCUGCUCAACCUGGACUUGGAUCUGUGGGUCCACUUGAAUUGUGCUCUGUGGUCCACAGAGGUCUAUGAGACUCAGGCUGGUGCCUUAAUAAAUGUAGAGCUAGCAUUGAGAAGGGGCCUGCAGAUGAAAUGUGUCUUCUGUCAUAAGACAGGAGCCACCAGUGGGUGUCACAGAUUUCGGUGCACCAACAUUUAUCACUUUACUUGCGCCAUUAAAGCACAAUGCAUGUUUUUUAAGGACAAAACUAUGCUUUGCCCCAUGCACAAACCAAAGGGAAUCCAUGAACAGGAAUUAAGUUACUUUGCAGUCUUCAGGAGGGUCUAUGUUCAACGAGACGAGGUGCGCCAGAUCGCUAGCAUCGUGCAACGAGGAGAACGGGACCACACCUUUCGAGUAGGAAGCCUCAUCUUCCACACUAUUGGCCAGCUGCUCCCACAGCAGAUGCAAGCGUUCCACUCUGCCAAGGCACUCUUCCCUGUGGGUUACGAAGCCAGCCGGCUGUAUUGGAGCACACGCUAUGCCAAUAGGCGCUGCCGCUACCUGUGCUCCAUUGAGGAGAAGGAUGGGCGCCCAGUGUUUGUCAUCAGGAUCGUGGAGCAAGGCCAUGAAGAUCUGGUCUUAAGUGCCACAUCACCCAAAGGUGUUUGGGAUAAGAUUUUGGAGCCUGUUGCAUGUGUGAGGAAAAAAUCUGAAAUGCUCCAGCUUUUUCCUGCAUAUUUAAAAGGAGAAGACCUGUUUGGCUUAACUGUCUCUGCAGUGGCACGGAUAGCUGAAUCACUUCCUGGGGUUGAGGCGUGCGAAAACUACACCUUCCGAUACGGUCGGAAUCCUCUCAUGGAGCUGCCACUUGCUGUCAACCCCACAGGUUGUGCCCGUUCUGAACCUAAAAUGAGUGCCCAUGUCAAGAGGUUUGUGUUAAGGCCGCACACCUUGAACAGCACCAGCACCUCAAAGUCAUUUCAGAGCACGGUGACAGGAGAGCUGAAUGCACCUUACAGUAAGCAGUUCGUCCACUCCAAGUCAUCGCAAUACCGGCGAAUGAAGACCGAAUGGAAAUCCAACGUGUAUCUGGCCCGGUCUCGAAUCCAGGGCCUGGGCCUGUAUGCUGCUAGAGACAUUGAGAAACACACCAUGGUCAUCGAGUACAUCGGGACCAUCAUUCGGAAUGAAGUCGCCAAUAGGAAGGAGAAGCUGUAUGAGUCCCAGAACCGCGGUGUGUACAUGUUCCGCAUGGACAAUGACCAUGUCAUCGAUGCGACACUAACAGGAGGGCCUGCAAGGUACAUCAACCAUUCUUGUGCACCUAACUGUGUGGCGGAAGUGGUGACUUUCGAGAGAGGACACAAGAUUAUAAUAAGCUCCAGUCGGAGAAUCCAGAAAGGAGAAGAGCUCUGCUAUGACUAUAAGUUCGACUUCGAAGACGACCAGCACAAGAUUCCAUGCCACUGUGGAGCGGUGAACUGCCGGAAGUGGAUGAACUGAUGCAUUCCUUGCUGUCUCAGCGGGCGGCUUGCCCCUAGGAAAAGGCGACUCAACACGCCAUUGGAAAGCUAGUUUUGUUUUCUGUUGUCCGACUUCUUCGGCAAAACAGCUUCUGGAGUGGGGGUUUCCUCAGCCUUCAGGUUAAGGAAGCCUGCGAAGCUGCUGGCCAGCAGUCCUCCUUGCUGAGGGUAAGCAGAGUCAUAGAUGUCCAGCACUUUUUUUCUUUCUUUUCUUCCUUUUCUUUUCUCUUUGUUUCCCUGCGGGUGGGUUUGUUUUGUUUUGUUUGUUAGUCUCACUAAGGAGAAACUUUUACUGGGGCAAAGAGCCGAUGGCUGCCCUGCCCCAGGCAGGGGCCUUCCGAUGAAUGUAAGACUGAAAUCACCAGCGAAGGGGAUGUCCAGAGUGCUGGCCACGCCCACUAAGGGGCAGGGCCUCUAAGUGAAAUUCGUGGACGCCACUGAACAAGGAAUGUACCGAGAUGACUUCCUUAGGGAUAGAGCUAAGGGAUAAUAACUUGCACUAAAAUACAUUUAAAUACUUGAUUCCAUGAGUCAGUUUAUUGUAGUUUUUGAUUUCUGUAAAAUAAGAGAAACUUUUUGUAUUUAUUAUUAAAUAAGUGAAUGAAGCUAUUUUUAAAUAAAAGUUAGAAGAAAGCCAAGCUGCUGCUGUUACCUGCAGAACUAACAAACCCUGUUACUUUGUACAAAUAUGUAAAUAUUUUGAGAAAGAAUACAGUAUAAAAAUAGUUAUUGACCAAAUGCUACCAGGCUCUGCAGCAGCUCGGGUGCUUAUAAAAUGUCAUAGGGAUGUUACAAUAUAAUUUGUGUUAUUAAAUAUGCCAUUAUAAUUAUGUAAUAACCACAAUUUCAACCUGGAGUGUUUGGGGGUUUUUUGGAAACUACAGUCUAUUAUUACUUGUUUUAUACACCUAACUUCUGACAGAACAGACUGUAUGCUGACUACAACUUUUAUAGAUGUUUUGGUAAUUUGAACUAAUUUUUUCAUAUUAUAUUGUUGCAUCCCUACUCCUUCAGUCAGGUUUUUUUUGUGCUUACAAUUUGUGAUAACUGUGAAUAACUGCUUAAAAAUACACCCAAAUGGCUGAAUUUUUUCUUCAGCAAAAAUAGUUUUGAUUAGAACUUUGUUCAGACCACAAAGAAUCAUGUACACAUAAUAGAAUCAUGUAGCAGGAACUUACCCUAACUUCUUAGCCUUCUAUUUAACAUAAAAAUUUGAAAAAGAAAAAAAAAAGAGAGAGAGAUGUGAUUAUGCUCAAGGCUGCAGGACUCCGGCAAUAGGGUUUUUCGAAGAUAUAAUUUUAAAAUGUGUUUGUAUGAACUGUUUGUUUACAUUUCUUUAAUAAAAAACAAAACAAAACACUGUUUUGUGUUUGCUUGUAGAAACUUAAUCAGCAUUUUGAACCAGGCUAGCUUUUUAUUUUGUACUUAAAAUUCUGGUACUGACACUUCACAGGCUAAGUAUAAAUGAAGUUUUGUGUGCACAAUUCAAGUGGACUGUAAACUGUUGGUACAUUCAGUGACGCAGUUCUGAACCUGUAAUGUAUAUGGCAUGAUGUAUUUUUAUCUUACAGAAUAAAUCAAUUGUAUAUAUUUUUCUCUUGAUAAAUAGCUGUAUGAAAUUUGUUUCUUGAAUAUUUUUCUUCUCUUGUACAAUAUUCUGACAUCCUACCAGUAUUUGUCUUACCGGGUUUUUGUUGUUUUCUGUUCUGUAUAAUAGUAUCUAAUGUUGACAGAAAUUGAAUUUUUUGAAGUAUACAGAGUGUUAUGGGUUUUGGAGUUUGUGGACACAGAUUUAGAAGAUCACCAUUUACAAAUAAAAUAUUUUACAUCUAUAAA